ACGAUAUAACCACCAACAAUAAUCUCUAUUAUCUCCUCAUUCCCCGAGAAAUGCUCCUCUUCACUCAGGAUUUAAGGGGAUGCGAUUAGUCGUGCGAAUCCUACAUUUCCUUCCCGACCGUCCCGCCUACGGAGUUCAUGCUUGGACCAAACCCUGCGUAUGUCGAACCCGUCUAGCUGGUACGAGGCCUAAACCAUGGGUUGGAGGCGGAGUGAGAGCCUUGGGUCAGCUCUCAUUCGGUAUUUAGCUGAGAGCCGAGCCAACUUCCCUACCCGGAAAGCGAUGAAACUGCGUACGAAGUUGUCUCGUCUAAAAGGAAGGCUCUGGCGCACUGGUCGCAAUGUCAAGCGGUGCUUUAUUUAUUGCCCGAGGAGAACCAAUUCUUCGUCGCUUGAGGACAGGUAUCAAGCAGGCGAAGCCGCCCAGACAGAGCCCUAUGAAGCGCUCUCUUUCGGGGAAGACAAUGCCCUCCCGGUUAUAGAGCCGCCAUCAGGUUUCCCUUCAGCUACGGAUCGUUCUGUCGAGACUUUUCGAAGACUAGACCACACCUACACAUGCGAAUGCCGGUCACUGCUCCUUGAGAGACUCAGACUAGUCAUGGCAAAUAGUCUAAUACCUGUCCUUGAGGAGUUUAGUUCGUGUUGCUGUGGACAAGAUCGGUUUGGUGGCGCUCCCACCGAUCGCUCAUUGUCAAGCGGGUAUGACACGAUAUCAACACGAACACUCUCUUUGGAGCGCCACGGUGGUAUUCGGAUCGAACUACGUAACGGAAUGUUCGGAGCAUCCCUGGCCGCAUGUCAGAACGAGUCUCUGUCCUGUUGUGAAUGGGGAAGCAGUUCCUCAUCCAGCUAUCCACGACCCAGAGCUUUAUCUGAGCCAUUGAAUGACAGGGUCUUAGUUGUAAGGCUACCUCGUGGCCGGGCAGUAUGCCAUAGAACGGCAUCUGGGCAGGGCGAGUGUCAGGGCCGCAAUCUCUCCGAAUGCAGUAACUGUUUUACAGACCAAUGGCAUCACAGGCCUGCGGAAAGCGUUCCCGCAUGGAUCAAUGACCUUCCAGAUUGUCCCAUUCCAGGAAUAACGGAUCCCUCAAUACUGCACCGACCGCUGCGACGGAAGAGGAAAAUGUCAGAUUUAUGCCGUCAGGGGAGCUGAGCGAAUAUAUGAAACUAAUAAAACUGGGAUCUGGCCAUGAGGCUCAGGGCCUAUUAAUGCUCCAGUGCGGGGAAUGUACGUUAUGCAUGAUGUGUAUGUGAAUUAUGGGAGAUGAGGGAAGGUUAAUAGAAAAAAAAAAAAAAAAAAAAAGGAUACAGACAGGAACUUAUAUGUAAGGGAGCUUAAGGGUAGUGACCCAACUUAGGGAGAGAGUAAAUGCUACUAGGAUAAGU